AUGGCCCGCGAGCCCGAGGAAGAGGAGACCGUAAGGCCAGCCGCUCUGGUCCGCCGCUGUCCCCGCUGCCCUGGCUGGCCUGGGGCCCCACGGCCGCCCCUCUGGCUGUUCUGCCUUGUGGCAUGCUGGAUCUUGGGCACCGUGGCCGACGCCGACUUCUCCAUCCUGGAUGAGGCGCAAGUGCUGGCGAGUCAGAUGCGGAGGCUGGCUGCCGAGGAGCUGGGGGUAGUCACCAUGCAGAGGAUCUUCAACUCCUUGGUUUACACAGAGAAGAUCUCGAAUGGAGAGAGUGAGGUUCAGCAGCUAGCCAAAAAAAUCCGGGAGAAGUUCAACCGUUACCUGGACGUGGUCAAUCGGAACAAGCAAGUUGUAGAAGCCUCCUACACAGCCCACCUGACAUCCCCACUGACCGCCAUCCAGGACUGCUGCACAAUUCCACCUUCCAUGAUGGAGUUUGAUGGGAACUUCAAUACCAAUGUAUCAAGAACCGUGAGUUGUGAUCGACUCUCUACUACUGUGAACAGCCGAGCCUUCAACCCUGGACGAGACUUAAAUUCAGUUCUCGCAGACAACCUGAAAUCUAACCCUGGAAUCAAGUGGCAAUAUUUCAGCUCAGAAGAAGGAAUUUUCACUGUCUUCCCAGCACACAAGUUCCGGUGUAAGGGCAGCUAUGAGCACCGCAGUCGGCCCAUCUAUGUCUCUACCGUCCGGCCACAGUCCAAGCACAUAGUUGUGAUCCUGGACCACGGGGCCUCAGUCACGGACACCCAGCUGCAGAUUGCCAAGGACGCCGCUCAGGUCAUCCUCAGUGCCAUUGAUGAACAUGACAAGAUUUCUGUGUUGACUGUGGCAGAUGCCGUCAGGACCUGUUCGUUGGACCAGUGCUAUAAGACGUACCUGUCUCCGGCCACCAGUGAGACAAAAAGGAAAAUGUCCACAUUUGUUAGCAGCGUCAAGCCCUCUGACAGCCCCACCCAGCACGCAGUAGGGUUUCACAGGGCGUUCCAGUUGAUUCGAAGCACCAGCAACAACACUCGGUUCCAAGCAAACACAGACAUGGUCAUCAUUUACCUGUCAGCGGGUAUCACAUCAAAGGACUCCUCGGAAGAAGAUAAAAAGGCGACUCUCCGCGUCAUCAACGAAGAAAAUGGGUUUCUGAACAACUCUGUAAUGAUUCUUACCUACGCCCUCAUGAACGACGGGUUGACUGGUUUGAAGGAGUUGGCGUUCCUCAGGGACCUGGCUGAACAGAACUCUGGGAAGUAUGGAAUCCCAGACCGGACAGCCUUGCCUGUGAUUAAGGGCAGCAUGAUGGUGCUGAACCAACUGAGCAACCUGGAGACCACAGUCGGCAGGUUCUACACUAAUCUUCCCAACCGGAUGAUUGACGAGGCUGUCUUCAGCCUCCCCUUCUCUGAUGAGAUGGGAGAUGGUUUGAUAAUGACUGUGAGUAAACCCUGUUACUUUGGAAACCUCCUCCUGGGAAUCGUAGGUGUGGACGUGAAUCUGGCUUACAUUCUUGAAGAUGUGACAUAUUACCAAGACUCUUUAGCUUCCUAUACUUUUCUCAUAGAUGACAAAGGGUAUACACUUAUGCAUCCAUCUCUCACCAGGCCAUACUUACUGUCAGAGCCUCCCCUUCAUACUGACAUCAUACAUUAUGAAAAUAUCCCCAAGUUUGAAUUGGUUCGGCAAAAUAUCCUAAGCCUCCCUCUCGGCAGCCAGAUCAUCACAGUCCCUGUGAACUCGUCCCUGUCUUGGCACAUCAACAAGUUGAGGGAGACUGGAAAGGAGGCCUACAAUGUGAGCUACGCCUGGAAGAUGGUACAGGACACUUCCUUCAUUCUGUGUAUUGUGGUGAUACAACCGGAAAUACCUGUCAAACAACUGAAAAACCUCAACACUGUACCCAGCAGUAAGCUGCUGUACCACCGGCUGGAUCUUCUGGGCCAACCCAGUGCUUGUCUCCACUUCAAGCAGUUGGCAACAUUAGAAAGUCCAACCGUCAUGCUGUCUGCCGGCAGCUUUUCCUCCCCCUAUGAGCACCUCAGCCAGCCAGAGACCAAGCGCAUGGUGGAGCAUUACACGGCCUAUCUCAGUGACAACACUCGCCUCAUUGCUAACCCAGGGCUCAAAUUCUCUGUCAGAAACGAAGUAAUGGCGACCAGCCACGUCACAGAUGAAUGGAUGACACAAAUGGAAAUGAGCAGCCUGAACACGUACAUUGUCCGCCGUUACAUAGCAACACCCAAUGGUGUCCUCAGAAUUUAUCCUGGUUCCCUCAUGGACAAAGCAUUUGAUCCCACUAGGAGACAGUGGUAUCUUCAUGCAGUAGCAAAUCCAGGGCUGAUUUCUUUGACGGGCCCUUACCUAGACGUUGGAGGAGCUGGCUAUGUUGUGACAAUCAGUCACACAAUUCACUCAUCCAGUACACAGCUGUCUUCCGGACACACUGUGGCUGUAAUGGGUAUCGACUUCACACUGAGAUACUUCUACAAGGUUCUGAUGGACCUCUUACCAGUUUGUAACCAAGAUGGUGGCAACAAAAUAAGGUGCUUCAUAAUGGAGGACAGAGGUUAUCUGGUAGCUCAUCCAACCCUCGUUGACCCCAAAGGUCAUGCACCUCUGGAGCAGCAACACAUCACCCACAAGGAGCCUCUGGUAGCGAACGAUAUCCUGAACCAUCCCAACUUUGUGAAGAAGAACUUGUGCAACAGCUUCAGUGACCGAACAGUGCAGAGAUCUUACAAAUUCAACACUAGCCUGGUGGGGGAUUUGACGAACCUUGUGCAUGGCAGCCACUGUUCUAAGUACCGCCUGACAAGGAUCCCAGGAACCAAUGCAUUUGUCGGCAUCGUCAAUGAGACCUGUGACUCUCUAGCCUUCUGCGCUUGCAGCAUGGUGGACCGUCUCUGUCUCAACUGCCACCGAAUGGAGCAAAAUGAAUGUGAAUGUCCUUGUGAGUGCCCCCUGGAGGUCAAUGAGUGCACUGGCAACCUCACCAAUGCAGAGAACAGAAAUCCGAGCUGUGAAGUUCACCAAGAGCCAGUGAUGUACACAGCUAUCGACCCUAGCCUGCAAGAUGCCCUACACCAGUGUGUCAACAGCAGGUGUAACCAGAGGAUGGAAAGUGGGGACUGUUUCGGUGUGCUGGACUGUGAAUGGUGUGUGGUGGACAGUGACGGAAAGACUCACCUGGACAAAUCCUACUGUGCACCCCAGAAAGAAUGCUUCGGGGGAAUCGUGGGAGCCAAAAGUCCCUAUGUUGAUGACAUGGGAGCCAUCGGUGAUGAAGUGAUCACACUAAACAUGAUUAAGAGUGCCCCGGUGGGCCCUGUAGCCGGAGGGAUCAUGGGCUGCAUCAUGGUGCUGGUCCUUGCUGUGUAUGCUUACCGCCACCAGAUCCAUCGCCGUAGCCACCAGCAUAUGUCUCCUCUUGCUGCUCAAGAAAUGUCAGUGCGUAUGUCCAACCUGGAGAAUGACAGAGAUGAAAGGGACGAUGACAGUCAUGAAGACAGAGGCAUCAUCAGCAACACUCGGUUCAUAGCUGCAGUCAUGGAGCGACAUGCACACAGUCCGGAGAGGAGGCGACGCUAUUGGGGCCGCUCAGGAACCGAAAGUGAUCAUGGGUACAGCACCAUGAGCCCACAGGAAGACAGUGAGAACCCUCCAUGCAACAAUGACCCUUUGUCAGCUGGGGUGGACGUGGGGAACCACGAUGAUGACUUGGACCUGGACACCCCGCCUCAGACUGCAGCCCUGCUGAGCCACAAGUUCCAUCACUACCGCCCACACCACCCGACCCUCCAUCACAGCCACCACAUGCAGGCGGCCGUGACAGUGCACACCGUGGAUGCUGAGUGCUAACAGCCCUCUCAUCUCCCCGAGCAGAGGGGCCCUGGGUGACAAGAAUGCUCUGAGAAGAGAUGAGCCUGCAGACAGCCCUGUCACAUGACAUGCUUUGUCCAGCGUGGUUCCGCUGGUUUGCUGCCUGCUGGUGCGUUUAAAAACUGAAACCACCAAGUCCUGUCUGUGGGGAACUGAUGCUGGUUCUGUCAUGGAGGGGGAGCCUGAUGCACUGACUGACCUGCCAUAAUGGAAUGGAACAGUAGGCACACCUCCAAUACAGACACAUGUAAAGGGAACUGAGCCAGAGGAAUGCUCCCAGCACCAGAUGCACUCAGCCCCUUAACUGGAAGAAAGCUGGAGCAGAGGCCAGGGACGUGGCACACCAGAUGCCACCAGCCGCUGGAUGGACUCCCGUGUUUCCUAGCGGUAUCUGGAUACCACCAUAACUGUACGGAGCUCACCUUAUGCUCUGAACGAUGCAUCUCAAAAUUUCUAAGUAAAGGAUUAUUUUUCUACUAUUUAUUGAACUUUCAAACUUUGUGGGGGGGGAGGAAACGAGAGCUUCUCGGCCGUAACCCUGGCUGUUGUGUGUGAUGAUGUGGUUCUCUGAUUAAGGAGUUGUGUUUCUUAUUUAACUGGUGAUCUGCCCACUGCCCUCAUCCACAAAAAAAGGGGGGGGGGAUGAAGAAAUCUUCCUCUGGCUUGUUUACAUCACUUCCUGGAAAAACAUCCUAUUCGAUAGUGUUCCCUCUUUGGAGGGGCAGUGAUCCAAGAUGUUUUCAAAGAAACUCAUUCCGUUAGAAUUCAUUUCCACCUCCCAUGCAAUAGUUUUCCUUAGGUUUCUACGAAAUCUAGUAUUAUAACCGUAGCCUUCCAGUUUAGGGAGGCUUGGAUUUAUUCUCUUUGUUUUAAAGACUAUAAAUUUUAAAAUGUCUCCUUUUUUACUCUAAGAAUAUUAAACAGGUAAAGGGAGACAUUUUAAAAUUGUGAAAUUGUGGUUCUUAAAAGAUUUCUUUUGAAAUCACAGCUCAAAGCUGCUGCCACGUAUCCACCAAACUGCUUUUGACUUCCACGGGGAUUCAUCAAAUGGCUACUCAGACGUGGGGCAUUGGGGUUUUAAAGUAGUGUUCUAAUUACAGUGGUGUAUUUUAGAUUCACACUUCGUGAUUCAAAUAUGUUGUGAAGAUGUUCUUUGCACCAUGUGUGUGGUAGAUCUCCGUUUAUAUAUAGUUGGGAAAAAAAUCACUGAAUAAUGUUUUAAUGAUAGGGUAUCAUGAUAUACUGUAAAAAAUAAAAUUGGGUACUCAGCACUACAGAAAGUAAACUAUAUAUGUGCUCCCUGGAAAGCCCUUCAUAUUGUGUAUAAAGUUGCAGUCUUGUGAAAUAAACUGUAUGCAAUGGACA